AUGGCGUUUGCUGCUCUUUGGAUCGGCUCCCUCUGCUUCGCCGGCCUCGGGCUGCUGCUGUGUCUGCUGCUGCCGCUGCUGCUGAUGAGGCCCCAAAACCUCAACACCCUCACCAAGGGAGAAAUGCUCAAGCUGAUCAUAUCUCUGGUCACGACCACCAUCGUCUGCCUGUGGCUCUUCUGGAUUGUGGUGUACAUGAGCCAAAUGUAUCCGCUGAUUGCCCCGGAGAGAAGCUCACAUCAAUAG